CAAAAAGAAACCCAAGAAAAAGAAAACCCAAAACCAAAAGCAAGGGUUUGGGUGCCGAUCUCUUGCAUUCUUCUCCUUCGAUCCAUCUCCAUCUUCUCUGGAGUUCCAUCAAUGGCUUCGGGCGCUCUGCAGUACUUGGAGUCCCAGCAGAACUCACGGCCGGAGCUUGCUGAGUGGUACGCCGCCUUAGCCGACCUCUACCAGCGGAAGCUAUGGCAUCAGCUCACCCUCAAGCUCGAUCAGUUCAUCGCCCUCGCCGUCGUCCAGGCUGGCGACGUUCUGAUUCAAUUAUAUAAUAACUUCAUCACGGAUUUUGAGACAAAGAUCAAUCUCCUCAAACUGGCACACUUUGCUGUUAUUGUUUCACGUCAAUAUUCUGAAACAGAAGCUGCCAUUAGCUACCUGGAGAGUGUGAUUGAAAAGCUGCGUGCCACCAGGGAAAUGCGGAUAGAGGAACCUAUCCUUUAUGUUAAGAUGCAAAUAGCUUCAUUUAAUCUUGAAAAAGGGAACCAGAAAGAAUGCAAGAAACUUCUUGAUGAUGGAAAGACUAUGUUGGACAGUAUGACUGAUGUUGAUCCCUCUGUUCAUGCAAGUUUUUAUUGGAUAUCUUCACAGUAUCAUAAAUCUCGUCAAGAAUUUGCAGAGUUCUAUAAAAAUGCCCUUCUGUAUUUGGCAUACACAACAGUGGAAUCUCUCUCAGAUUCGUUCAAACUGGAUCUGGCAUUUGAUCUUUCCUUGUCUGCUUUACUGGGGGAUAACAUAUAUAACUUUGGGGAAUUGCUGGCCCAUCCAAUUAUUAACAGUCUUCUGGGAACCAAAGUAGAGUGGCUUUACCAUAUUCUUCAGGCAUUUAACACGGGAGAUUUAGUUCGCUAUCAACACCUCUGUCAUGUGCAUAAUGCUGCCUUGAAUGCACAACCUGCUUUGGUUGCUAACGAGAAGAAGUUGCUGGAAAAAAUUAAUAUACUCUGUUUGAUGGAAAUCAUCUUUAGCCGACCAUCUGAAGAUCGAACCAUUCCAUUGAGCGUCAUUGCUGAACGCACAAAACUUUCCAUUGAAGAUGUGGAAUAUCUUCUCAUGAAGAGCCUCUCUGUUCAUCUUAUUGAAGGCAUAAUAGAUCAAGUGGAGGGAACAGUCUAUGUCUCUUGGGUGCAACCUAGGGUUUUGGGUAUCCCACAGGUCAAAUCCUUGCGUGAUCGUCUAGAUGUUUGGCUGGGCAAGGUUCACUCAGCCUUGCUAUCAGUGGAAGCUGAAACACCGGAUCUGGUGGCAUCUUGAUGUGGUAUUAUGUUUACCGGUCCGCUGGAACAACAAUCUAUGAUGGCCCAAAGGGUGAAACAGAGAAAAGGUUCACAAUGACCCUUGUUUUGGGUUGGUCUCACUUUCACCUGAAAUUUUCUUGUUUAUGGAACGGGUGGCAUCUUGAACACAGGCCGACGCUUCUUGUUAUUAUUAUUAUUGUCGAGUUAUUAUUUUUUCGUUAUCAAUUCUUCAGAAAAUGCUGAUACUUAAGAUAAAUCCUUAUAAGACCUUUUCAUUUGAGCACAGAAUCAAGUAGACAAACACAAGGAUAACCAGUGCUAAAUGUUCAUCAAUCAUAAUAGAAGGAAAUGUUGCUUAUUGAAUGCUUUUAUUAUUAUUUUCA